GUGCGACGGCCACACUGAACAUAUGUUCAAUAUUUUUAGAAGAAAACAACACGUAGCUCAUUGAUUUCGUAUAUUUUCCUUGUUUGUAAUGAAAAUAAACGAGUAAUAGGUUUUCAAUAUAGAUCAACGAAAAUGAAGAGCUUCAAUGUAGGCGUGCCAGAGGUGACGCUUCUGCUGGGUAUAAUAGCAGCAGUGGUGUGCCAUGAGGCCAAGGAUUUCGACGACUCGAUUUUGUAUAAGAUUGAUUUUGAGGUGCCGGAGCUGCUUGGACAACCAGACCUGGGAAACCAGCUGAGGACAUUUUACACUUCAGACAAGGAGAAGUACGAGUGCUUGAUACCAAGCUUGGAGCGUCCCAAAGAGGAGUCCAAUUCCGACAAGCCGGAGUUGUCUCCCAUUAGUCUGCUGCAACCCAUUUUCUCAGCUCUAACCUGCUCGUAUCGCAUUGAAGCCUACUGGUCCUACGAGAUUUGCCACGGACAUCAUGUGCGCCAGUAUCAUGAGGAACGCGAGGGCAAGAACGUAAAAUUUCAAGAGUACUAUUUGGGAAAGUGGAGUGAAGACAAGACAGAGGAGCUAACCAAGGCUUGGAAGGAAAAUAAAAAUCAGGGAAUCAAGCCCAAAUACAAGACCCUGAAAAUCGACAAUACCCGGUAUCCCUACUUCGAGAUGGAGUUCAGCGAUGGUACAAUGUGCGAUAUUAUUGAUGCUCCUCGCACAACAAUGGUGCGUUACGUGUGCUAUCCUCACGGCAAGGACGAUAUCUAUUCCUUCAAGGAGAUUUCCUCUUGCAACUAUGAGGCCAUUAUUCUUACUUCUACGCUUUGUUUCACUCCCGCUUUCAAUGCCGAGGAGUCCAAGGAACUAUCCAUAAAAUGCUUUAACUCUGAAACGGAGCCGCAUAAGCCACUGAGCUUAUUGCGCUCAGAACUAAGCGAGUGGGCCGAGUCCGAGUCGGAUCUGUUGGUCUCCAAGGAAAAGGACAGCAAACCCUCACAGAAAUUGUGGCCCAAGGCAGAUGGCGACAUGGUCACCUUUAAAUACAGUGGAGACGUCGAUAAAAUCAUACUGGAGCUUAUGAGCAACGGCGAGAUUGAGCUAGACAAUGACUUACACCAGCUCCUGUUGUCCCGUGCGUACUCUGGAUCGAUACCCACGCCUAUAACUGAUCUGACGCCCAUCCAUGAGUUCAUCUCGGGCAAGAAUUGUUUAACCGGGGGCAACGGUUGGUGGAAGUACGAGUUUUGCUAUGGCAGACACGUCCGCCAAUUUCACAAGGACAAAAACAGCGAGGUGGAGCUGUUCUUGGGCUAUUUCUCCGAAGAUGCUCACCGUCAGUGGGCCACUUCGAAUCCCGAAAAAGGAGCGCGUCGACCGGGCUUCUCCUCCUCCAUUUGGCAUCAUUAUGGGAAGGGCACGCACUGUGAUCGCACUGGUCUUCCCCGGGAAGUAGAUGUAAAGUUGACCUGCACUCCAGUCACAACAAGUGGCUCUGCAGUUUCCAUGUAUUUGCUGGAGCCAAAAACGUGCCAGUAUAUCCUGGUGGUGGAGUCGCCUACUAUCUGUGAUCUUAUGCAUUACGCUGACUCCCACGGUCUGGUCAAACCCGAGAACCUAAAUAAGGUCCAUGUCAGUGGUAAUGAAUCGCCAGCCACUCCGGCUCCGUCACUGCCUACUAAAGGUCGUACUGCCAGUUUGGAGGAGGAGAUUCGUUCCUAGGCAUCUUCGUAUUCCAAUUGUAGUGAAUUAAUUUUAAAAAUAAAUUUAAUUUGUAAAAUAUCGAA